GGAAGCAUUAUCUGAGGUGGGUUCGAUCGAAUUUUGGGCUGUUGAAGCCGUUUUCAAUUCGAUGUUUGUGUUUCUGUUAUCGUCUAGGAAAUGGACAAGAAUCGAGACAUGAGGCGUGGAGGAGCGAGUCGGUCCUCGCUUGCGAAUCCACAAGUUAUUAAGCAAUCUGGUAUGAAUAAUAAUUUUGAGGGCACUGUUUUCUCGAAGAAAUUGAAGAAAGAAAGAAUGAGAAGAUUGAGCGUUGUUGGUAAAGUGAAUUCUAGUAACGAAAACGGCGAAAUGGGUUGUGCUGGGUCUGAAUUCGAAGAUGAGAUUCGUAACACGACAAGUAUUAGCAAGAGAUUUAGGUUUCCCCAAAAUUUUUUUCAUGAAUGCAACACAGUUGAUCAUGCCUCUGUUCCUCGGAAGCUACGGUCAGAUAAGAAAGAGACAAACCAUGGGACCAAUGGAGUUGAAUUACCAGGCAUAAAGAAAUCCAGACUGAAUGUAGUACAACCAGAAGAUCUAGAUGGAUCUCCAAGCCGGCCAAUCACAAAAGAUGAGGAAGAAGUGGUAGAGACUCUGUAUGCCUUGGUUGAUAUGUUCCCAAACAAUAACAAGAAUGGCUUGGAUGGUGAAUUAGGAAAACCAAAAUCUUGGCCUUUGCCUGAGGGAGAGAGUUCAAGGCCUGCAUGUGAAGGUUCUGCAGCUCCUGAAAAGGAAGAGGACUCAAAGUCACUUUGCCUCUCAACUACUUCUAAGGCUGAGGCUGUCAAUCCUUCGUUGUUAGAAGGAUCGGCUCAUGACAGUGUAGAAGUCAAAUGUUUGAAGGAAUCAUCACAACCUAGUUUUCCCAACAGCACCCAAUUGCUUACAGAAUUGGAUAAUACCAUUUCUCAACGAAAUGUCCAAGCAAUGUUUCCAAUGUCAAUGAGUGAACCUAUCUGUGGGAAACAAGCCUGCAAUUCUGUUGGUUGCAAUGUUCAAUCUGAACUAAGCCUGGAAACUGGAUGAGUAGCUUUCAGCUUUGCCGAAGCUUCUACCAUGGCCAAAGACCACCAGCCCCGUCGGCGAUCCACGCCACCGUUGUCGACAUCUUCUUCACAAGCCAUCACUCUGUUCACGUCGCCACCAUGGGUUUGUCAGCAAAUAUUUUCCCUUCUAGUCGAAUUGAAUAUUUACGAGAGCUCUCUUCUGUAGGUCAGGUAUGUUCCUAUUUACAGCCACCCAAGAUAGCUGUGCCAUUGGGGCUUUGAUUUCAAAACCCUAACCCUUAUUGAAUAUCUAAUAUUAAGGUUUGUUCUCAGUCAAAAUUAACAUCUGUAACCACCGAAGAUAGGGCUUUGAUUUCAAAACCCUAACCCUAAAAAGUGAAUAGCUGAGGAUAUUAAGUUUUGUUCACAUUCAAAAUUAACAUCAGUUCUCAAUCAUAUUGGCAUUUGUUUAAUUGCUUUCUCUUUGCUAUAGCAUUAUACGUCUACAUGCUGAUUAAACACACAGGCGACCCAGCUCAAGCUUUUUUGAGAAAAUCUAAAAGUGUACUUAAGGAGAAAAAUCUAAACAAGUUUUUUUUACAAUGUAAAUUUUUGUAUAAAAUAAAUUUUCUCUGUUUUUAAGCUACAAAACUACUUUUAAGUUUUAGUUUUUUUUUUUUAAAGUUUGGCAGAUCCAAAUUUUUAUUAGACACAAGUAAAAUAAAAAAUCUAGACAUAUAAAACAAACACUAAUUUUAACAUAAUAAUGUGUAAAAGAAAAUUUAUAAUAAAAUAAUAUAAUCUAAUUGGUGUUUUUACUUAUCUUAAGAUGAUCUGUGGAUCGAGCUUAAAUGGUGUUGUUUGAUAGAAUAAGUUAUCUGGGUCUUGUUUUGAUCAUAUGAUUUUUUUAUGAAAACCAAUAGAUAUGUAAGAAAUUGUAGACCUUGUUUGAGUUUCUGAUUAAUAUGUUAGAAUCAAAAGAGCUUUCUUGGAUUGUUUAGUACUUCCUGAUAUGAAAUUUUGGAUUUGAAAGUUGUGUGCAAGAUUAGUGUGAUAUGGGAAAACCCAACUCAUCUUAACACUCUCGUUCAAAUUAGAGUUUUAUCAAAAAUUUCCAAAAAAUAUAAAUAAUUUUUUUUUGAUGAAUUAUUUUCUUUCAACUUAGGCUAGUUGAAGGCAGGUGCAACCAAUUUUCUUGAUGAAUUCUUCAAAAAUUAUUAUCUAGAAAAUCAUUUCGUUGUGUGUAUGUGUAUUGUGGUUUUAUUGAACCCUUUGAUAAUGAUAAUCUUGAACAUUGUUUACAGAUUCAAUGAUAAUACUUCUUGUUUACCCAUUUCUUGGUUUACUGGAAACUUAUUUUCCUAUGAGAAGUGUUAAUUUCUCAUAUUUGUAUAUUUAAGAUAUACAUAUAUAUAUAUAUAUGCGCGCGCGCGCACACAGGGGUGACCAUUGGUUCAAUGGUAAAAAUCUUAGCCUAAUAACCUUGAAGUUAUGAGUUUAAGUCUCGAGGCAGCCACUCUGUGUACUAUGUCAAAGGUUAGGUGUGUACCCAAUCUUUUCCAUCCCAACACAUAUUAAUGUGUACUAUUUGGGCAUUGUUUAUAUAUUUAUACACACAUAGAGAUAGCAUAUCAUAUGCAUAUAGGUAUGUAUAUAUGCAUACAUAUAAUCUACCCUUAUACCCAUUAGUUUUCUUGAUUGUUUGUAUCGAUCUUUAGACCUUGAAAUCAUAUAUUUAAUAAAUUAGUAAUUAUAUCUCUUGUAUUAAUUUUUUUUUUUACCAAUUUUAGAUUUACAGUGAAUCUGCAGUGUCUAAUUAGGUAGCAUAAUGGGGAAAUGAGGAGUGGUACCUGGAGGACCCAAAACUAAUAGCCCUUAGUAAAUUGUUUUGUGUUACCUACUCUUCAGGGAAACAUUAUUUGACAUUCUCUCUUGACUUCUAAGUUAAAGUUGCUUUUAAAUAGCAACUUUUGUGGUAGUAUGCCAUUUGUUAUUUCUUUUGUUUUCAACUAUUCUUAUUGAAAUGUUAGUACCUAUGACUCAUCAAUUAUGCCAAUAGGCCAUUGACAGAACUUACCCAUGCUUUGGAAGUUUGGCAGUGAUUGCAAUUGCAAAUUAAAACCUUUCAAUGGGUAUGGCAAGAAAAAAAAAAUUAAUUAUGGUUUUGGAAAAUAUGUCUGCAUCACUUGCAUGUUCUAUUCAUUUGUGCUAUUGCAGAUUUUGUGCUUUUUUCUUACAGAAAACAUGUUGUUAUUGUUUGAUUAUUGAAAGAACAAGGUAAAAAUUGACUUAUAACAUAGUCCAAUUAUUUGAAGAUGGUAUAGAGCAUCUUGGAUGUGGACUAAUGGGAAUUUGUGCUCCAAUUCAACAUUCUAGUCUUGUUUGGUAUUAUUGGUGUUAUUGAUAAGUGCUUGGAAACCCUGUCAAGGUUCUGCUCAAACACACUUACAACCCUCGAUGUGAAUGGAUGCAUUGGCAUCAAGAGACAAAGUCGUGAAGAACUGCUUCAAUUGUUCCCACAUCUGAGAUGCUUCAAAGUGCACAGCUAAAGUUAUAUGCUUUAUGAAGUCAUAGUCAUUUCCUGCCAUCGACGUUCAUGAUGCUGUCUUGGAGAAAUGUUGCCGAUAUGCAGUUAAUUCAUUAGGGACAGAAAAUACUCAAGAUGUUCAAUAAACAUAUGAGAUUGAUACACAAGAUAUUUGAUAAAUAGAUGAGAUUGAUACAUGACAUGUGAUUUGAUAGAUGUAACCUUACUAAAUGAGCCGUCCUAUUUUGGGUAGUUAAUUAUGAGAAGCGUAUAUUUUUUAAUUAUAUGCAAGUAAAAAUUAUAAUCAAGGAAGCAGGGGAAAUUAAAAUA